AUCGUGAGUAAGUAUAAGUGUGUAAGUAAGAGAGCCAACCUGCCUACUCUAUCAUCGAAAAUUGUCCAACCACCAAAUCUUCGUCCUCAGUUGUUCCAAGCAAGGAAAGAUCUUUACUUUCAUCCUCCUUGUCAUCUGCUCUGUAUUUUGCGUGUCAGUGUAUUUCAUUUUUCAUUACAUUCGCCAUCUAACCCGCCUCCUUUCUUCGGCAAACUGCUAGUGAAUCCAUUUUGUAUAUCGUUUUGCAAAAAAUUGCUAUUUAUUUCAGCUUCAUUGUGUGAAAAACUUCGUACUCGUUCAGUUGUAAUUCAUCAAAAAAACUAGACAACCAGCUUCCAUCCAAUUAAACAAUUACACAAUGGCUGAAAAAUUUGAAGUUAAAGAAAGUGAUUUGAAAGAUUAUUUCAACAGUCUUGCCAAUAAAGAUGGUAAACUUGAUAUACCAACAUUCAAGCACGUCUUAAAACAACUUGGACUUCAUCCGGACGAAGGUAUCGUUACCCAAACCAUCGAGGAAAUUCAAAGCGAUGGAUUUAUAACCGAAGAUAAAUUGAAGGCUUUCUUGGACACCAUUGCUGAAAAACAUGCUAACCUUCGUAAGCUUUUUGACUGGAUUGAUGCUGAUAAAAAUGGUUACCUUGACCGAUACGAGAUAAAGAUGGCUUUUGCCAUGUCAAAUAAGCCUUUUACUGCUGAAGAUGUUGAAAGGUUGAUGACAGAAGCUGAUACUGAUAGAGAUGGAAGAAUCAGUUUCCUUGAAUUUAGGCAAAGUCGAAUGUCUAAUUUGUUUACUGAUGUUUGUUAAAUUCACGUCAACACUGCCUAAAUUAUGUUAACGUCUACAAACAGCCAAUAUCCAAUCAUAACAUCAACAGUGUUCAACAACUACAACGACUGCAUAUCCAGAGAUAAAAAGGAGGAAUAAGAGAGUCUCAAGAAAAUGGUAAAAUUGUGGAUCAAAAUAACAACAAUUCAGCAGGAGUGGAAACCCAAAGUACACCUAAAACAAAAGUCAAACCAACACUCACUCAUACUCACAUCAAACAUUUACAUCCAUCAUAAAGUCAAUAAUUAAUCCACUGAAUUAUUUUGCAAAAAAUUUUCAGUCAAUCUUUACCUACACUAGUCAAUCUUUUUUUGUCAACUAAACUCUUCCUCUCUUAAUCUUCUAUUCAUCUCAAUAUCUCUCUUUAAUUACUGUAUCACCCGUUUCACUUAUCAUAAUAAGCGUCCUAACUAUCGACUAGGCCGAUCUGUAUCGUUAUGAUGAAAGGAGAUCAAAUGAAAGAAACGUUUUACAAAAAUUAACCACAAAUGUGCUUUUUCGGUUCCUCACAAGUCAACAAUUUAAUAGACUCAAUAGAGAUCAAUGUAACCAGCAAGUGUAAGAUUUUCAAAUGAAGCUGUAAAAUUUGACAUAA